AUGUACAUCACCCUCUACUACAUAGUCACUUGGCUCCCUGACUCCCUUCGCGUAGUCAGGGACCACUUCCUCUCAGUUUGCCCCACCACUCUCACCGUUGACCUCCUCGAGAAGGCCCUCCUAGCAGCAGAGAAGAGCAUAGUAGCUGUAGGAGCCUCUCGUGGUGACCCUCGCACCCCCAUCUUUGAGGGUUGUUCCCCUUCCCCCCUUUUGCCCUCUGUUGCCUCUGCUGCUGCGGCCGACCUCGUUAAGCUUGAGUCGGUCGGUGCGGCGUCUACCCCUAGCAGAAGAUGCCGCCCUGGCAAGGGCAAGGGGGGCAGGGGCGCUGGAGGAGCUAGCGGGGGCGGUGGAGGAGGCGGUGGAGGCGGUGGAGGGGGUGGGGGUGGCGGUGGGGGUGGUGGCGGGGGUGGAGGUGUCGGUGGCGGCAGUGGAGGCGGAGGCGGCGGCGGCGGUGGCGGUGGGAGCGGAGGUGGCGGAGGUGGCGGCGGUGGAGGAGGCAGUGGCGGUGGAGGUGGAGCUGGUCGGGGUGGCGCUGCGCAGAGGGUCAGCUACGGUGGUGGUCAGCGCCAGCAGCAGCAGCAGCAGCAGCGCACUCGUGACAUCCCCUCCACUCAGCAGCUCCGUGAGUGGUACGCUGCACACCAGCGGGGUGGGGGUACUGGUCCGUGCACCUACGUCCUACGCACCGGCGACCGCGCAGGUGAGCACUGCGGGGGUGCGCACUCCACCCAGCGCUGCAUUGGCCGCCUGACGGACGCUUGGCGUCACCAGUUCCCGGAGGCCACUGAGAUCCCCCGCUGGGGCGAGCUUUCUAGGGCGGGAGUAGCUGUCUUUGACCUUGACUUUGAUGCUAUUCUUGCUGCCAUGUAUGCUGUGACAAUUAGUGAUGAGGGUGACUAUUACCGGUGUUUUCCGCCCAACCCAGGCAUUGAGACUGCUGCUCUAGGUACUGGUGAGGCUGCUGCUCUAGGUGCUAGCGAGGCUGCUGCUCUAGGUGCUCGUGCGUCUGCUCCCUCAGGUGCUGGGGAGUCUGCUCUCAGGUACUUUGCAGUCUCUCUGGCAGACCCCUCUGGGGGUCCUGUCCUUGCUCACUACUCCACUGUCCUCCCGUGUCCGGUGGCCCCCUCUGGCACCCUGUCUGGUCUUUACCUCCCAUUGUUCUCUACGAACUUGGUAGCUGCGUCGGGUCAGGUGUUUGCUGCAGCGUCCAGGUCUGGUCCUGAGUCUGCCCCCUGCUCGUGUCGCCUCCUGUCUCACGAGACUCUCCUCUGGCACCACCGCCUUGGUCACCCCUCCCUACUUUGUCUCCGGAGCAUGGCCUCCCGUGUCCUUGUCUCUAGUCUUCCCCAGUCUCUCCCUCCCCUACCUCCGGGGCCUGGCCCUACCUGCGUCCCCUUUGUCGAGGGGCGGCACCGGGCUGCCCCUCACUCCUCCCAGUUUCCUCCGACAGAGGCCCCGCUGCAGACGCUUCACAUGGACGUGUGGGGCCCGGCCCGUGUCCGUGGACAGGGUCACGAGCGCUACUUCUUGCUGGUGGUUGACGACUACUCGCGUUACACCACAGUCUUCCCCUUGCGCAGCAAGGGUGAUGUCACUGAGGUGUUGAUCGACUGGAUCCGGGCAGCUACUCUCCAGCUCAGGCAGAGCUUCGGCUCGGACUUUCCUGUUCUGCGUCUGCACUCUGACAGAGGCGGAGAGUUCUCCUCUGGCCUUCAGCGAGCCUACUGUCUUGCACGAGGCAUCCGCCAGACCUCCACGCUUCCGGACUCUCCACAGCAAAAUGGGAUUGCUGAGCGCCGCAUUGGCAUGGUCAUGGAUGUCGCUUGUACGUCCAUGAUGCAUGCAGCUGCCCCCCAUUUUCUGUGGCCGUUUGCGGUUUGGUACGUGGCGCAUCAGAUCAACCUUCACCCCAGGGUCUCCAUGCCGGAGACCUCCCCAGCUUUGCUGUGGACGGGGAAUGUUGGCGAUGCGUCUGCGUUCCGUGUCUGGGGAUCUCAAGCGUUUGUUCGCGAAUUGUCUGCGGACAAGCUGUCCCCUUGUGCUGCUCCUUGCGUCUUCCUUGGCUUCCCCCCUGACGCGCCACGGUGGCAGUUCUACCACCCCACCUCUCACCGUGUUCUGUCCUCCCAGGACGUCACGUUUGACGAGUCAGUCCCCUACUACCGCCUCUUCCCCUACCGCACUCCGUCCCUCCCCCCGCCACCGCUCCUCCUUGUACCAGGUCCCCCCCCGGUAGACCCCCUCCCCCCCCAGGGUCCUGCCCCUUCAGGUGUGUCCCAGGUAGGCACAGUCGAGCGUGUCGAGGUUACUGGUGACUCUGGUGCUGCUGAGGGUGUUGAGCGUGGGGGUGCUGACUCUGGGGGUGCUAAGCGUGUGGGUGCUGCGCCUGGGGGUGCUAAGCCUGCGGGUGCUACUACUGGGGGUGCUGAGCCUGGGGGUGCUGCGACUGGGGGUGCUGAGCCUGGGGGUGCUGAGCCUGGGGGUGCUGCGAAUGGGGGUGCUGAGCCUGGGGGUGCUGAGCCUGGGGGUGCUAUGCCUAGGGGUCCUGAGCCUGGGGGUGCUACGCCUGGAGGUGCUGCGCCUGGGGGUGCGGAGCCUGAGGGAGUUGGGGCUACACGUAUGGCGUCUAGCGGUGAUGGGCCUGUAGGUUCUCCGGGUGCUUCGUCUCGACGGGAGCCCCUCUCUCCACAGGAGCUGCGUGAGUGGUUUGCCCGGCGCUGGAGGCGUGCUGGUGGAGCUGGAGGUUCUUCAGCUGCUAAGGGUGCUGGUGCCGCGGGUCCUGGAGGUGCUCGUACUGGGAGUACUGGAGCUGCUGGGCCUGCGGGUACGUCUGGAGCUGGAGCUGCUGAGGGUGUUGGCGCUGAGGCUACUGUUGUCGGUCCUGGAGGCGGUCCUGCUGGGGGUACUACUGGUGCUGCUGGAGGUACAGGAGCUGGAGGUGCUCCUGGCGCUGGUGCUGCCGCUGGGGGUGCUAGUGCUGUCCCUGCUGUGUCUGAAGUUGCCGCGUGGCCUCGGCCGUACUUCGUUCCGCUCCUUCAGCAGGUUCUUGGUCUCCCGCCUUCUACUGGUCCUCCUCCUCCCUUAGAGUGUCCACAGCCUUUCCCGUCACAGUUACAGUUACAGCCGUCCUCCCCACUGCCUGCUCCUUCUCCCUACACUGGUCCUACUGGAGGUCUUGCUGAGCGUCGUGAGCCUGCGUCUCGCUCUGCGUCGCCUGUCCGUGCUGCUCGCAGUAGUGGUCGUGGUUCGCGUCAGCGUCCUCCUCGUGUCCCUGGCACGCACCGGAUGUCUCUGCGUCCGUCUACUGCUCCUCUGCGUGCCCCUUUGCCUUCUCCUCCUGAGUCUUCUCUUCCUGCUCUUGCCGACCCAGAGUCGGACUCUCUUCUUGCUGAGCUCGUCAACUUUGCUGCUCGCUAUUGUCUAGACUACGCUGCUAGUCUUCUCGCUGAGUCUGUCUGUCCUCCGUCCGUCGGGGGUGAGUGUGCCCUUGGCACGGACGUCCUUGAGGACAGGCAGGAGGAGUUCCAGUGUCUGGCUGCUGCUUCACCUCAUCUCGUGUUCGUACUGCUUACCCCUGAGGGAGACCCGGAUGCACUUGACAUCCCGACUCCGCGCUCUUACGCGGAGGCGAUAGAGGGUCCCUUCUCGUCUCAGUGGCAGGCAGCUAUGGACACAGAGAUGGCUUCCUGGAAGUCCAGAGGCACCUACGUUGACGAGGUUCCCCCGCCUGGGGCGAACAUCGUCAGUGGCAUGUGGAUUUUCAGGGUGAAGCGACCGUCAGGUUCUCCGCCUGUCUUCAAGGCGCGUUACGUGGCUCGUGGCUUCAGUCAGCGGCAGGGAGUUGACUACUUUCAGACCUUCUCUCCCACCCCGAAGAUGACCACUCUUCGGGUGUUGCUGCACAUAGCUGCUCACCGCGACUACGAGCUGCACUCUCUUGACUUCAGCACUGCUUUCUUUCUACGGUCCCGCCAGGCGCCCCGUGAGUGGCACGACACACUGAGGACUACACUUGCGGCUCUUGGGUUUGCUCCUUCUACUGCCGACCCGUCGCUGUUUCUGCGCACCAACACCUCUUUGCCGCCGUUCUACAUCCUCGUGUACGUCGACGACUUGGUCUUUGCCACAGGUGACACUGCUGGACUCGCCCACGUGAAGUUCGAGCUGCAGAAGAGUCACACGUGCACAGACCUGGGUGAACUGCGCAGCUACCUUGGCUUGCAGAUCACCCGGGACAGAGCACGCCGCACCAUUACCCUGACUCAGUCACACAUGGUGCAGCAGGUCCUUCAGCGCUUCCACUUCACGUACUCCUCGCCUCAGGCCACUCCUCUGUCUACUCGCCACUCGCUCUCAGGUCUGCCUUCGGAUGAGGUUAUAGAGUCGAGUGGCCCGUACCCAGAGCUUGUUGGCUGCCUCAUGUACCUGAUGACCUGCACACGACCUGACCUUGCAUACCCUCUUAGCAUUCUUGCACGCUAUGUUGCUCCUGGGAGACACAGACCGGAGCACAUGGCUGCAGCGAAGAGGGUGUUGCGCUACUUGUGCAGCUACGCAGCGGUCGUCACAGGGUUACACCGGGCUACCCGCUCGUCUUCUGUUCUCGGCUCCAGUUGUGAGGCUGAGAUCUACGCUGGGGCCAUGGCUGCACAGGAGCUUCGCUGGCUCACCUACCUGCUGACUGACCUUGGAGAGCCGCCUCCUUCUCCUCCAGUGCUGUACGUAGACAACAAGGCCAUGCUAGCCUUGUGUCGAGAGCAGAGACUGGAGCACAGAACGAAGCACAUUGCUCUCCGCUACUUCCUUGCUCGUGAGCUACAGCAGCGUGGUCAGCUUCGACUUGCGUACGUGGCCUCUGAGGCCAACACUGCUGAUAUCUUCACCAAGGCACUUGCUCCUUGUGAUCAUCAGCGCUUCUGUACUCAGCUGGGUCUUGUGCCCGCCUUGCCUCACUUGCUCACUCCUUGA